CGGUAUAAAUACAGUGUCUUGGUGCAAGAUGAGCACCGACACCCGACAGACUUUCCUUCGUUCAUCUUCCAUCGUAUGAACAUAGCCAUAAGGAUGCUGCAGCAAGCCCUCAAAGUGUCCGGUCGCAGUGCGUCCCCGCUGAUCAAGUGGAUGGAGAAGUGGGCUGAGAGCACAGCUGGCCUGAAGAAGACCGAGGCGGCGCACGGGAUGAAAACCCUAAAGGAGAUGCCGGGACCCACCGUCGCCAAAUUUGCCUGGGACCUCUUCGCCAAACGGGGACUGUCCCGCCUCCACGAGCUGCAGCUUGAGGGUGUGAAGCGCUACGGGCCAAUGUGGAAGGCCAGCUUCGGUCCCAUCCUGACAGUGCACGUGGCCGAACCAGCCCUGAUAGAGCAGGUGCUGAGGCAGGAGGGCCAGACCCCCAUCCGCUCUGACCUCUCCUCUUGGAAGGACUAUAGGAAACAACGAGGCCACGGCUACGGACUGCUCACAGCUGAGGGGGAGGAGUGGCAGGCGGUGCGGAGUCUCCUGGGGAAGCACAUGCUACGUCCGAAGGCGGUGGAGGCCUACGAUGCGACUCUAAACGGCGUGGUAGAUGACCUCAUCACUAAGCUCCGCCUCCGCAGGCGCCAGGACCCCCGCGGCCUCGUUCCGGACAUCGGCAGCGAGUUCUACCGCUUCGGCCUCGAAGGGAUUUCCUCAAUCUUGUUCGAGUCCAGGAUUGGUUGUCUAGACCCUGUGGUUCCCAUGGAGACAGAACGUUUCAUUCAGUCCAUUAACACCAUGUUUGUCAUGACGCUCCUCACCAUGGCUAUGCCCGCCUGGUUACACCAGUUGUUCCCCAAGCCCUGGGACACUUUCUGCCAGUGCUGGGACUACAUGUUCCAAUUCGCAAAAGGUCACAUUGACCAGCGUCUGAUGGAGGAAGCGGAGAAGGUGGCACGGGGAGAGAAAGUGGAGGGGCGAUAUCUGACUUACUUUCUGACCCGCACGGGGCUGCCCAUGAAGACGGUGUACAGCAACGUCACUGAGCUGCUCCUGGCUGGGGUGGACACGAUCUCCAGCACCAUGUCCUGGUCCCUUUACGAGCUGUCUCGGCACACCGAGGUUCAGGCCUCGCUGCGGGAGGAGGUAUUGGCUGUAAUGGGGGGUCGGAGGGUGCCUGGGGCUGCAGACGUGGCUCGCAUGCCCCUCAUGAAGGCUGUGGUCAAGGAAGUUCUCAGACUUUAUCCUGUUAUUCCGGCCAAUGCCAGGGUCAUCGCUGACAAAGACAUCCAGGUCGGAGGCUACCUCCUCCCCAAAAAUACUCUGAUCACCCUCUGCCACUUUGCCACAUCCCGGAAUGCAUCAUUUUUCCCGAACCCAAAUGCCUUCCAGCCCCAACGCUGGCUGAACCGGGAAGAAGGCCACCACCCCUAUGCCUCAGUGCCCUUUGGUGUGGGCAAACGCAGCUGCAUCGGCCGCCGCAUCGCAGAACUGGAGGUCUACCUGGCACUUGCACGAAUUCUGAUGCAGUUUGAUGUGAAGCCCGAUCCAGAAGGCAGUGGUGCAGCAGUCAAACCCAUGACCCGGACACUGCUGGUGCCAGAGAGUGAGAUCAACCUGCAGUUUAUUGAAAGAUGAGUCGAUGACCUGCUGAACACUAGCUAUGUGUAUUUGACUGUGACUGACAAUCCAUGUCUCUCAGAGUGAGACAGUUGGGAGUACUGGGAAAAGCAUUGCGAAAGAGGGCCCGACUGAAUUUGCAGGCCUAAACCCAUAGACCAGCCCCUCAGAUCUCAAGCCCAGUUGGUUUGGGCUGGCCUGGGUCUGAGUUGAUACAGCAGCUGAAUGAGGGGCUAAUAGAGGUCUUUGUUUGAAAACCUUUCUCUCUGUAUAUGAACAGUAGUAGUUGCAUUUCCAGUGAACUGAAACUCACUUCCCACAUUUUUUUGCACAAGGAGGCUAGGAGAUGGUGAAGGGAGGGUAUGGCAAUAUUUCAAGUGCAUUAGAGCCUAUCUUGAAACGUAUCUACAUGCAGAGUGAAAUGCAUAGAACUUGAAACUUUUGACUGAAACUUGAAAAGUGCAUCAGGAGAAAUUAUGUGACAUAGUACUAUAAAGCUGCAAUCAGCAGUAGAAACU